AUGCGGUGGGCUCCCGACGGUCUUUCGGCAGUCGAGGUACCGGUACCCGAUGCGGAGGGCUUGGUGACGGGAGUGGUCGAUAGGAGAGUACAUUCAGCUUGCAUCAGUGGUAUCAACCCUGGCACAGACAGUGUAACGGUGGAAUGGUUUGAGAGAGGAGAUACAAAAGGAAAAGAGAUUGAAAUCUCCGCCAUCUUUGCCCUGAAUCCUAACCUAGCAGCACCGGCGGAGCCCCCUCCCCCGGCAGCAGCCCCACCGGUCCAGUCACACAUCCCAGCACCCAAGAGUAGAAUCAGUAGUGCAAAGGCUGCUCAUCCAGAAUCCAACAGACCUUCAGCUAAACCGACCCCAAGAGAAACAAGAGCCUCUUCAGCGAAAUCUCGACCCAGCAUCAACCAAGCAGCCCAUAAUGGAGAUAUUCAUGUUGCUCCUGCCGGCCCAUUGGCCAAGGCUCAGAAAGAGUCGGCGCCUGCUGCAUCUCGACGGAGAUCAAAUGUCGUGAAAGAAGUGGAUAGAAUCAAGCAGCAGAGAGAAGAAAGAAGAGCAAAGCAAGCUAUUCAGUUGGAACAGAGAGCAAAGGAUGACGAUGGCACACAUCCCCAUUGGGAGUUUCUGAAGAUGAUCAGAGAGUUUCAAGCCCAACUUGACUUCAAUCCUAUUUCUACAACUGACAAGGUUGAAGACCAUCAAAUUUGCGUUUGUGUGAGGAAAAGGCCGCUAAACAAGAAAGAACAAAACAAGAAGGACCUGGAUGUGUUAACAAUGCCCAGCAAGGAUAAAGUACUGGUUCAUGAGCCCAAACUCAAGGUGGACCUCACCAAAUACUUGGAGAAUCAACUGUUUAGGUUUGACUAUGCUUUCAAUGAGGAUGCCACCAAUGACAUGGUCUACAAAUUCACCGCCAAGCCUCUUGUACAGACUAUAUUCAACCGAGGAAUGGCCACGUGUUUUGCAUACGGACAGACAGGAAGUGGGAAGACACAUACGAUGGGUGGAAACUUUUCAGGGAAGAACCAGGAUGUAACGAAAGGAAUUUAUGCCCUGGCAGCAGCUGAUGUAUUCAGGCAUCUAAACAGACCGGAACACAAAUCAAAGGAAUUAGCCGUUCACUGCAGCUUCUUCGAAAUAUACAGCGGAAAGGUGUUUGAUUUGCUGAAUAAGAAAGCCAAGCUCAGAGUUCUGGAGGAUGGUAAACAGCAGGUACAGGUGGUAGGAUUACAGGAACGAACCGUCAAAAACACAGAUGAUGUACUCAAGCUUAUAGGAAUGGGUAACAAUGUUAGAACAUCCGGCCAGACUUCAGCAAACCAGCAUUCUUCCAGGUCACACGCAGUCUUCCAAAUCAUCCUACGAAAGAAAUCAUCAGGAAAACUUCAUGGGAAGUUCUCCCUUAUCGAUCUCGCAGGUAAUGAGAGAGGUAAAGACACACAGAGCUCCAACAGACAAACAAGGAUGGAAGGAGCAGAGAUCAACAAGAGUUUAUUAGCUCUGAAGGAAUGCAUCCGAUCCUUAGGACAUAAGACUGCCCAUGUACCGUUCAGAGCGAGCAAGCUGACCCAGGUCUUACGAGAUUCGUUCAUCGGAGAUAACACAAGGACAUGCAUGAUUGCCAUGGUUUCACCGGGAAUAAGUUCAUGUGAGCAUACGUUGAAUACUCUACGAUACGCAGACAGAGUGAAAGAGCUCGGUCCAGGCGGUCCUGAUGGCGACGACGAUUACCGAUCUCCAACCAAGAACGGUGGUAGUCCCGAAAGGAGUCUGUCACCCAGUAACAGUGAUCUAGCGAUGCUUUGUACGCACAACGAAGAGGAGGUGUCGGUGGAGAUGUAUACAUUCCAUGAAGUCAUGAACCAGCUGCAAGAGAUGGAAGAACAAGUGGUGGAUUAUCAUCGUAAUUGUUUAGAGGAAUCAAAGAGUCUUUUAGCGGAGGAGGAACAAUUGUUAUCGAUGACAGAUGAAGUAGAUUACGAUGUAGAAGAAUACUGCUCUGGACUGGAAGCCAUCUUAUCAAGAAAGAUUCAGAUCCUCUCAGACCUGAAGGACAAAGUUUCUAAUUUCAGAAGUCAGCUCUCAGCGGAGGAGAAAGCCAGUAAAAACAUCAAGAAAUGAGCCGGUAACCAUGACAACAUCACUCCAACUCUCCUUGAACAUACCCGUUGGUCUGUAUUGAUUGAAAGCUUGCAAGCAAAAGCAACUAUGAUUGCGAAAGAACUUAAUACAUGUAUUAAAAACUGACAGGUAUUCAUCCCUUUUUGCUAUGCUGAUGGCAUUAGUCUGCAUAUCAUACCUUGUGAGUUGUUGCAACAUGUAAAACUCCGCCUGUGUAGAUUUUAACUGAAUAUUUAAACAUGAAUGAUGGGUUUCCAUUCAGAGCAUAUCAGAAGAUGUCUCAACACACGUGAAAUUUGUACUUUGUCACAUUUUUCACCACAUUUACUGGACACACCUAUCCAAAUUUUUUGUUUGAAAACCCAUAUUGAUUAAUAUAGAAGAAUUUCAUAGUGCUAGAAAAACCAAUUGCUACUAGUUGUCGAUAAGGGCAUGUAGGGAAAUGUGAUUAGUGCAUCGAGGCAAGCUCCUCUUUUAUUAAACUUACUGUUAAUUAAAUUCAGGGAUGGGAAUUGACAUGAUCUGGCAGGUUUUUUGAAUGAAAUGAAUAAGUUGAAUUAAGAUAUUCUUUUGAUGAGGACAUGCUAUUCCACAUGCCGAUCAUAGUUGUGUUCCUGCUUGCCACAGCAGCUAAAUGAAAAUAUUCUCAUGAAAAUAUUCUUGCUUUUUAUAUUAACCAAUAACUAGAUGUUGCAGGGAUACAAUUUAUAAUCAGUAAUGAUAAUUGCUAAGCUCAAUACAUGCCAGUUUUGAAAGUAUCGGUGCACUUAUCGAUACUAAAGUGAUGGUAUGAUUGUGUGUAAAAAAUGAAAGAAUAUUGAGAACCAAGAAAUUUUAAUUGUAUAGCACUCUUUUUUUUUUUUUUUCAUGGAGCUAAGAUUAUCAUUUAAGUUAUGAAAUAUGAAUGUAGGCAAAUGUACUUAUUGCAUAAUGAAACAUGCAUAUUGUAUUCAACCUCCCUAUUAAAAGGUUUCAAUGUACGAAGACAUUCCUAGCAAAUCCAGUGAUAUUCAGUCCCCCGACCCUUUUUCAUAAAAGCUACUGUUAUGGUAACUUUGCCAUCCAAUUGUCACUUCCAUGAAAUACUUGAUUCUGAUUGGCUGUUGAGUGUAGUAACCAUGGUAGUUACCAUUGACUUGCAAAGUUAUGAUAAUAGUAACUUUUAUGCAACCGGACACUGGUGAUAUCAGAGGGAGUUGUUUGAAGAAAAAAAAGAAAACCUUUGAGUCUUUCUUGCAAAGAACACCUUUUAUUUGCCAUGAUUUAAAUCAUUUAAGCUAGCAAUCCAAAAAGCUGUGAUUGUUAGGUAUGAUGUUAGGACAGUUAGGUCCUUCAUAAUUAUACUGCAAGCACAUCAUUAUGAUAUCAACUCAGAUUUUCAACUUAAUGACUUGUUAUCAUUUGAUAAACCAUCAGAGGUUUGUCUGUUCAAAUAAUGCAUAUUAUAGUAAUAUCUAGUUCUAAUGGACAACAUUUUUAUAGUCAAUAUUCAUAGAAGAAAUUAGCUUUAAAUACUGAAUUACUGGAGAUUCUGUGCAUAGAUAUUUUACAUUCAAAAUGUAUAUAAGAUGCAGUAAAAGUGCAAGAAAAUUUUGAAUUGCCUGUACAAUCAAAUUUUGAAGUUGAAUGGAAAGCAAAUAUUGCUCACUUUCAAAUGAAUCUCUCUUACUUAGCAAUCAAACUUGAAUGAAUGAAUAGAUUUCAGUUCAGACUAUUAAUAUAUUGGGUCAUAUUGGCCUUUCUUGUCUACCAUGUAUAUGUGAAGUAACGCCUUACUUUGUGCAUAUUUUGUUCUCUAUGCAAGUCGGUAAAAAAGGUUUCCUUUUUAGGUUUUUUUUUUGGUGAAAUUGCAGUUGCUUGAUUUUGAUUUUUAUAGAUAUUGCCUUAGACUGCAGGUAGUAAUAUACGAUCAGCCUUGCAUAUUUAAAGUUGAAUUCAUGGGCCCUGUUUCACAGAGGCUUGUUAUCAAUAUUUCUGUCAGAGGCUACUGAAAUGCUGUGAUUUGAUUGGCCAUGUGCACAUUUGUCAUUGGUUUCUAGCAUUCCUAUUACAUGUAUAUGAAAGAGACUGUUUCACUUUUGUUGAUUUCUCUCUGACUUGCAAUUGAUGACAAAUUUGUUACAACUCUCCCCUAGAAACUUUCACUCGUGCAAGGCCGAUUGUAUGGUUUUUAUUUCCUUCUUCCAAAAUUCAUAUAACAUGAGAUUUUGAUAUACAAAUCCAAAAAGAAACUUUGAAAAAAAAAUAUAUACCAUAAAUAUAAAGCAUUCCAAUCAGGGUAGCAAACCUAUUUGAAAACCUGCCAUAGAAAUCUUCUAUCCAUCCAAUUUCAUUUGUAUAUUGUUCCAUUUCAUGACGCUAUAUGUAUAAAUACAGCAUCCCUUGCCAAUUCCCGUAUUUCUAGUCUCAUGUAGACAUAUUUAUUUCGAACAUGAAUUAUGAUUACAUUCUUGCAUCCUUUGGCGUCCUUAAGCACCUUCAGCGCCCUCUGGGAAGACAUCAUAUUGCAAUCAGGCACCCUCCACCAGGGUGUUAAGUGGGAACCUGGUAGGUCGUCAAUGUUGUUCGCUUAGCAAUAUAGAGCAUCUUGACAGUUUAUCGCUGCAACACUCCCCAGGGAGUGGAACUUGUGCAUGAACAGUAUGCUGGCAAGCCAGAAUCAAAUAACGAAGUAUCAAUAUAUCUGUAAAGCAUUUUGAUGUUAUAAGCCCGAUGUAACAGCAGAACCUUUUCAUUACUCUUAUUCUUGCUGAUAGAUUCAAUUUUGUCCCCUAUUUGCCUGUUAUAGGAUAGUUUACAUCUAGAAUUAGUUAAGCUAAUAUGCCAAGACUCCAGAUUAUUUGUUUAAUAUCAUGAUGGGGAAAAUUGCUUUAUAAUACAUCUUUUCUCCUACCAACUUCUAACAAAAUAACUAUUUAUUUUAUUAAAAGAAUAUUUUUUGCACAGUUUAUGUUCAGAGAGCUUUACUUUCUUGCUUUACUGCUUAUAAAAACAAAAAUAAAUCAGUGUGAACAUAGCAACAUUGGUUUAAUUUCUCAAUUCAAGUGAUGUGUGGUGUUAGUGCAGUUUCCUUUAUGCUGUGAAGGGAGUUUAAGACAAGUUCAGCAACGGUAAAGAAAAAAAGCUUUCGAGACCGUAGGGGAUACCCACUAUUCCGCUUUUCUGGUUUUCUGUAAAUUAUACAUAAGGCUUAUCUUUCCCAAACUGGCUUUUUUUUAAUCCCACAUAAUCAUACAUGUUAUAUACAAUCAUAAGUAGUCAUCAUCCCACAUAAUUAACUGAAAGAGCUGUUCCAUUUGCACUAUUCUGUAGUAUGUACACAUCUAAUCUUCAGAAUUGUAAACGUGGCCAUAAAUUUGUUUUCCCUUCAUUGACAGGCAUCAUUUCUUCAUUUAGAUUUAAAUUAUCAAUGUUUUUUAAUGUUCUCUCUUCUUUUUUUUAAAAAAGAGUUCUUUUCAUUUGACUUUCAGUUUUGCAUGAGUAAUGUAAAUAUUUUUUUGUGAUUAUAUAUAGAUAAACUAUGAAUGUUCCAAAGUGGACUUACUAUAGAGAAAAAGGGCACUCGGGGGCCAUAUAAUAUAAAAUUUAAUGCCAUAAGACUUGUAUAAGACUCUGCUAUAUGGAUAAUGUAUGUUCACCUAUUAUUAUAUUCUGACCGUAUGGUCAAUAUUGUAUAGCUAUUUACCUUGUAAAGCGUGUGCAAAUGUCCUUAUGUAUAAAAAGCCUAUUCUAAAAGUCAAAUCUUCUAUAUACUGUACUUUGCUGUUUUUUUUUCUGAUUUGAAGUGAUUGAAUAAAUCAUAAUCACUCUGAUGCAAAAAGAGAUGAGACAGUU